CAUUUUGGACUUCCUGUCCUUGGAGGGACUGAGACUCCAGGCCGAUGCAGAGCCAAUUCUAACUACAGUGGGAACUGCAUUUCAAGGUGUUCAAGCCAGCAAAGGCAGAGACGUGGAGAGACACAAGCUGGAGGGACAGAGAUACAGAGGGGAACGUAGCCAGAGGGGAGGAAUGUUCUAGGCCUGCCUUCAUGCCCAGCAGGUGCCCCAUCUGAUCCACCCUCCCAGGUGCCCACUGCCAACAUGCACAGCCUAGAAUGGUCCACUCUAGAGAGUGAGAUGGGUGGAGAUGUCUGCAGCAAAGUGGCUGCAGGGCAGACAACAGAAAGGACCGACCUUGACUAAUCUCCAGGGCUGAAGUGGGCUUAGCAAGAAGUCUUGAUUCCACCCCACCCCCAGCAGCCUGUAGGCACCCCCCCUUUGCUUCCACCUCUGUGACUUUCCAGUCUUCCACCCCACUCUAUCCCUACUAUACCCACCCACCCCCAACCCAGACACAUCCUGAGGGGGCAGGAAGUUCUAUGUAGCUGGGCAGUGAAACUGUUUAUUUUUAGAGAAAAUUGUUUCCAUAAAGAGGAAGGCUUUUCAGAGCUUGUAUCCUUACUACUUUCCCGACCCUUCACUGGCCUGGCUGGCUCUUUGCUUUGAGGUCGCCAAGGGGUCCCACCUUCAUGUUCUGACUCUUGUCCUCCUCUGGGAUCCCCACUGGAGUGUCCCUAGUAGCACCCUAGCCCUCCAUCCGGCCUUACCCACCCUGCUUGCUCUCCCUGUGCACUUUCUAUGCUGGGCCAAGGGGAGGGGGCACAGGAAGGGUGGGUCCACCUGCCCUGGGGGCCAUGUGGAGGCUGUGGGAACAGCUGGAGCCUGUCCAGGGCUGGACAGAUGUGCACACAGUCGGGAGGUUUGGUUUCUUUGUUCUAGGGCUCUCUACAGCCAAGCGAGGGUAGGAGGAGAGCGUGGAUAUUCAAGUAUAUGCGAGAUUGCCCUGCCAACCCCUCUGCAGGUCAGCCUCAGGCUGUUGGGGAGACUCAGUUUCCUGAGUGACAUCUGAGGAGCAGCCACAGAGAGAGGAUGGCCCAGGUCCUACAUGUGCCCGCCCCAUUCCCAGGAACCCCUGGCCAGGCCACCCCAGCAGCCUUCCCCAGCAAGGAGCCAGACCCGCCAUACUCAGUGGAGACGCCCUAUGGCUACCGCCUGGACCUGGACUUUCUUAAGUACGUGGAUGACAUUGAGAAGGGCCACACAUUGCGCAGGGUGGCGGUGCAGCGCCGGCCACGCCUGGGCUCCCUGCCACGGGGCCCGGGCUCCUGGUGGACGUCCACAGAAUCGCUGUGCUCUGACGCCAGUGGGGACAGCCGGCACUCGGCCUACUCCUACUGUGGCCGCGGCUUCUACCCACAGUACGGAGCCUUGGAGACCUGCAGCGGCUCCAACCCACGCGUGGAGCGCACGCUGCUGGAUGCGCGGCGCCGGCUGGAGGACCAGGCGGCUGCCCCAUCAUCGGGUGGCCUGGGCUCCUUGACGCCCAGCGCCGCAGGCUCCACCAGCUCCCUGGCAGGUGUGGGCCUGCUGCCCCCCACACCUCGCAGCUCCGGCCUGUCCACCCCGGUGGCACCCAGCGCUGGUCACCUGGCCCACGUUCGUGAACAGAUGGCCGGGGCCCUUCGCAAGCUGCGCCAGCUGGAGGAGCAGGUCAAGCUGAUUCCCGUGCUCCAGGUCAAGCUGUCGGUGCUCCAGGAGGAGAAGAGACAGCUCACAGUGCAGCUCAAGAGCCAGAAAUUUCUAGGUCACCCCUCAGGGACACGGAGCCGGAGCGAGCUCUGCCUGGACCUUCCGGAGGCCCCCGAUGACCCUGCUGCGCCAGAGACCCGCUCGGUGGGCACCUGGGUUCGAGAACGGGACUUGGGCAUUCCAGAUGGUGAAGCUGCCCUGGUGGCUAAGGUGGCCGUGUUGGAGACCCAGCUCAAAAAAGCGCUUCAGGAGCUGCGGGCGGCUCAGACCCAGCAGGUAGAUCUUCAGCCUCAGGCCUGGCCGCCACCAGAAACCCAGGUCCGCGUGGACACUGUGCGAGUAGUGGAGGGUCCCCGGGAAGUGGAGGUGGCAGCCAGCACUGCAGCAGGGACCCCUGCACAGCGAGCUCAGAGUCUGGAACCCUACGGAACAGGGCUGAAGGCCCUGGCCACAUCUGGGGGGACAGAGAACACCCACGUGUUCCGAAGUCAUGAGGUGGUGGAAACCAUGUGCCCGCUGCCCGCUGCUACCACCAGCAACGUGCACACAGCCAAGAAGAUCAGUAUUACAGAACGGAGUUGCGUUGGUGCAGCCAGGAUGGCAGGUGUUCCGCAGUCUCCUGCAGAGCCUUCCUCUAGCACACACCCUGCUGCAGACUCGACAAUACAGCCUGAGAACCCUGCCCCGGCUACCCAGGACACCACUGACAGGAAGCCCACCAGGCCAGCAGCAUCGCAGGACUCACAAGUGGCUGAGGGAGCAGGCAGAGCCUCCGUGGGGGUCCAGUCUAUCAUGAAGAGGAAAGAGGACCCUAUAGACCCUGAAGUCCACCAGAGGAACCUCCAGUUUGUGGGAGUCAAUGGCGGGUAUGAGUCCUCCUCGGAAGACUCCAGCACAGCAGAAAACUCCGAACAUGAGAGCACAGAGAACGAGGGCCCAGAGCCACCGGCAAGGACUCUGAGCCCAGCUGACCACCCACAGCUCAGGCCUCCAGGGGCUGCAGUGGCCAAGACCAGUCUGGAGGGGUGCCAGCUCUCCCAGGAAUCCCAGGGCAUGCCUGCAGCUGAGGCGGCAUCAGGAUCCGACCCUGAGGAGGAAAUUCGGAUGGAUCUGAGCCCUGACCUCAUAUCAGCCUGCUUGGCCCUGGAGAAAUACUUGGAGAACCCAAAUGCCCUCACGGAGCGAGAACUGAAAGUGGCCUAUACCACAGUGCUUCAGGAGUGGCUGCGCCUGGCCUGCCGCAGCGAUGCACACCCUGAGCUUGUGCGGCGACAUCUGGUCACCUUCAGGGCCAUGUCUGCCCGCCUGCUGGACUACGUGGUCAACAUUGCUGACAGCAAUGGUAACACUGCCCUGCACUACUCUGUAUCACAUGCCAACUUCCCUGUGGUGCGGCAGUUGCUGGACAGUGGUGUCUGUCAGGUAGACAAGCUGAACCGUGCUGGCUACAGCCCUAUUAUGCUCACUGCUCUGGCCACCCUGAAGACCCAGGAUGACAUUGAGACCAUCCUCCAGCUCUUCCGGCUUGGGAAUGUCAAUGCCAGAGCUAGCCAGGCAGGACAGACAGCCCUGAUGCUGGCUGUCAGCCACGGGCGGGUGGACGUGGUGAAGGCGUUGUUGGCCUGUGAGGUGGACGUGAACAUUCAGGAUGAGGAUGGCUCCACGGCCCUGAUGUGUGCGUGUGAGCACGGGCACAAGGAGAUCACCGGGCUCCUGCUGGCUGUGCCUAGCUGUGACAUCUCACUGACCGACCGCGAUGGGAGCACAGCAUUGAUGGUGGCCCUGGAUGCUGGGCAGAGCGAGAUCGCGUCUAUGCUGUACUCACGCAUGAACAUCAAGUGCUCGUUCGCUCCCAUGUCAGACUAUGAGAGUCCAGCUUCAUCUUCAGCUGAGGAGUGAAUACAGGGAGGAGCCAGUGAGUCCUCCAGGACCCAUCAGCCACAAGCCACACUGCAAACCGUCCCUCCCUCUGUCCCAGCUCUCCAAGGCAAACCCCCUGCACUUCCCUGAGGGAGCUCUGACAUCCACCAGACUCCAGCUCCAGGAGGCCUUUCCCAGCUCCCUGGGUUCAAAGCCACAUUCAAAGCCAGAAAGCCAAACUACAUUCUCCUCCCAGUCGGCGCCAGUAGAUGUCUCCCGGGUGUGGGUUUCUUAUGAAGAACACAGAGAACAAUCAGCCGGCAAUUAUGGGAGGAGUGGGGGCAAGAGGGAAAAUACUGUAUUCUUGAGUCAUUGUUCGGGCAUGGGAGGGGUCAGAAUUCAGUUGCUAAAUUUGAAUGUCACUGGAAUGUUACAAUGUCCUUUGUCCCCUCAUCACUCCAGCAGGUCUCCACAAAGCUGGCUCAACACCCUUUGUCACCUCAUUCCAUUGUCUAGUGUACAAUAGGGUUUUGUCCACUGCCCUCCACCUCCAGACAGUUUCUUUAGGGCCAGGGGUGUCUCUUGUGAUUGUCUCUAGCCAGAAAGCAGUGGCUUUUUUCAUUUGUCUUUUCCCCUUCUCUCUCUCUCUCUCUCUCUCUCUCUCUCUCUCUCUCUCUCUCUCUCUCUCUCUCUCUCUCUUUCUCUCUCUCUCUCACACACACACACACACACACACACACACAUGCACACACACAGUCACAGACACACACACACUUGUCACCCAACAGCUGAUGUUCUGGUGGGUCCUAUGACUUGGAAAUGUCCAACUUACAAGGAGAAGUUAUGCAGACCUCCCUGUUCCUCACAAGGAGGGUUUGGGACCGGAGAAUACUGCUAGAAAAACUUUCAGACCUACAGAGAAAAAACAAAAAAGGCCAUUCCAGAGUGGCUCCCAGCAUCACAGCCCAGAACCUCCCUCCUGGAAGGAGAGUAAACAGAGGAUGUGAUACUGACCAAGUACAGGCGCGCUCACUCGGAAGCCCAUGUGUUCCUGAUUAAGAGCUGGCUGGCCUCAGAACACUCCCAGAACUAGCUUAAAGUGACAGGCUUUGCUGAAAUCCAAAGGGACAAAUGAGUAGUUUUAUGUUUGUGUGUUUGUUUUUAAUGCCCUAGAGCUUCUGCUGGUGACAGGGUACAGACAGGCUGCACUUUUCUCUUACUGAGUUUCCUUUCUGUCCUCAGAAUCUCAGUGUGUUUUUUUUGGGGGGGGGGAUUUUGUUGGUUUUUUCUUUCUUUUCUUCAUAAAGAAGAAAAACGAAACAGCUUCUAGAUGUGCCUUGCAAUCGGGGAGAACACAUCCUUUCCAGUGUCCCUGUGUUAUCCAGGUCACAGCUGGACCCACUGGGCCUUGGAGCCAAACCUCAGCAGGGCAGAGUUCUUCCCUUCUCUUCUAGACAAGUAGAUCUCUUGGUUGGAUGGAGCCUUACUCCGCUUGAGUUUUGUAGAAGGGGUUUGUCUAAGGCUAGAGGCUUGGUUGGCAUGAGAAAAUGAGACGGACAGAUGGAUGGAUGGGUGGGUGGAUGGAUAGAUGCAUGGACGGAUGAGUGGGUGGAUGGGUGGGUGGAUACAUGAGUAGGUGGCUGGGUACUUGAUGGAUGGGUAGAUGAGUCCAUGGACGGAUGAAUGUGGGGUGGCUGGAUGAGUAAGUGAGUGAUAGAUGAAAAGCUGGGUGGACUGGUGGAUGGAUGUUAUGAAGGAGUCUUUGCACGUGUAUAAAACAGAAGACCAGACUUCAGGGCAGCUGCUGGUGUCUCCUGAUGCUCACGGCCUAGGGCGCAUUUGAAAGGCUGAGCUCUGAGCUGAGCCCUGGGUUCCAGCCUUGUAGCCAGCAAGGGAGUUUAAGGUUCUGAAUGCAUCAGCUAUGACCCCAAAGCACAUGUUCCUCAGAAAAGCCCCGUCUGUUUCUGCCGCUGUUGCUUUCUGUGUCUCUGUGUGGGGGUCACCAGGGCCAAACACCACUCUGUCCUCUCCUUUCCUGUAUACUCGACUUUUAUUUCUACUUUGUGACCACGGUACGUCCAUGAAGACAGUGUUACACGUAAAUGAAGUGUUCUUUUCUUGUAAUCAUGUUUUAAAAAGUAAAAGGACUUAAUAAAGCUACAAACAAAGCCAA